GCAGUUUUUAUUGACUGAGCGAUCGAUUAAAACCGAUACGAUUAAAAUAUAUAUUAAACGGCCUCCAAUCAACAAUCUCCAUUGUUGUCGAGCAUAAUUUUGUAACUGGCGCCUUUCGGACCACCUCUCCUCUACGGCCGGCGCGGCGCGGCCCGUAAAAUCUGUGGUAACGACCUCGAUACCGCUGACGAAAUCCAAAUUUGACGGCACAGCUGUUUUAGCGCGAACACAACGCUUUCCAUGGGGCUUCGUCUUCGCGCGAUUGACCGCAUAUUUCGGAUCGCAUUCGGAUCAGAUUCGCGGACGUUAAGAUAAAUUCAACGAUAACGGCGAAAUAUUACCGCGACGGCGGUAUAAAACGCACGACGAAUACGCGGCCGCGCACGAUCGAUUUGUGAUAAUAAAAGAAUAGCCCGAGAGAAUACGGCGAAGCGAAUUAAUGUUCGCGUUAACAUUUCUAGCCGUUAAUUUUUUACUAUUAAACGUGUAUCUUUGCGUGAAUUAUGUAACUUGACGAGAAUUUUCUUUCUUCGCGAGAAUAUCGAGGCAAUCUGCUAAAUUGAUUAAAGUCCAGCGAAAGAAAGAAAAAAAAGGAAAGAAAAGCGAGAAGACGCGAUGUGAAAUAAUACGGAAUGUAUAAAAAUAUUUCUACACACGGUGGCGGCGACGGCAGCGGCGAUGAUCGAACGGUGGUGGUCGAACCCAAUAAAUAAUUGAAGUCAUCUUCCCGAUACGAUCGCUCUUUCAAUAAAAGUAAUUAUCGUGUCGUCCUUUUGAGAUAAAAAAUCGAAUCGAGGGAGAGGGAAAAGCCUAGAUGAGGGCGGAGAAAACAAAUUGGGGAGAUAUCUAUUACGCGACGUACAAACGACCCAUGGUAGAUAAUGAAUUCGAUUGUUUGCCGGCGGUAUUAUCGCCCUACUCCCCGGUAAUAACGGCCAAUCGGGAAAAGGGAAGGGCGCCCGCUGUUACAUUCGAAAUAUAUAAAUGGACCAAUAACUGUUAUACCGCCGUUCAGUCGAGUUCCUCGAUUCCACCAGUUGAUAAACUGCUCGGGCGCCGCUCUUCCUUUUUCCUCCCCCUUUUUUUCUUUCUUCUCGCUACCUCCGGACUCACACUCGGCGGAAUUCACUGCAGCGCAGCGCACUGUCGUCCGGAAAAUCGUAGCGCCAGUUACAAAAUUAUUUGCAGGCACCGGCAAAGAUGCAGCUGUGUCUCUUGAGUCUCACGUAUUUUCUAGCGCUCGUCGCCGCGAUCGACGUAGCUUACGGAAAUCCUUUGACGGUCUUCCUGCUGACGAAUGCAUCGUACACGCGUGCGAACGUCGAUCAGUCCGACGCGGUGAACAAAUUGAAAGGAAAGCCGGCCGGCGAAAAAAAGAACGGUUUCACGUCAACGUGGACCGAAAUUGAUCAGAAUCCGUCGGAUUCCUUAGAAGUUGCCGUCGGGAGCCGCGUCGAACUGCAUUGCGUGGCAAAUGGAAAUCCGCCGCCACAGGUCUAUUGGAUAACAGGAAAUGAACCGGAAAGGCAGAUUCAGGAAUUGAUCGCGCGUGUUCAAGAAAGGAGCAGCACCACAUCCCCGGGAUGGGAAGGAGUCGGUCAAAUCUCUUCCACAUACGUGAUCGAUUGCGUUAGAGUUGAGGACCAAGGUUUAAAAUACUGUGUGUCCGUAUCUAAAAAUGCGGUGGCCCAAUCAACGGCGACGGUACUCCUCGUUAACAGCACCAAGGUUACCGAGUGCAACCGGCAGGGCCAGUCCACCAUUACCUUGCACGCCCCGUGGAGAUUCGCUUUUGCAGGGAACACGAUAAUUUUACCGUGCAGGGUCGUAGGUCAGCCGACGCCUUAUCUAUUCUGGUUGGACAACUUGGGCAGAAUUAUAAGUCCCAGCACACACACGAGAUAUAUUGUUCUACCGAGUGGCGAUCUGCAGAUAUCGGAUCUUGAAUGGUCCGAUAUGGGUGAUUAUACUUGCAAAGUGCAGUCGGGAUAUACGGAAAAGAGCGUCACCACAUUCCUGUAUCCCUUUCAAUCCAAUUCAAAAGAAAGGCAAAUGAUAAAUUCCAUGUAAAAAGACUUAAAAAGAUUCCUACAUUUCUAAUGCCUUUUGCCAUAAGCGUGCAUAAGUGACCAAAAUCUGUUACACUUAUCAUUUAUCUAUAAAAAUAGAUAAGUAAUUUAAUUAGAAAUAUUAUUAUGUAUUAGAGAAAAGUACUUAUUUUUUUUUAUUACAUUUACGAUACCAGUGCUACUUGUCCUCGAAGGCUCGAUAUUCGAGCGACAGAUUCGCUUUUUACGUUGAAUUGCACAAAAAAAGUUUUUCUCUUGUAUCCGCAUCGAAGAAAGUUUGUAAACGAGUUGAAGAGAGUUUUAAUAAACGCGUCAUGUACCAUCUACGCUUUUUGUAAAAAUGUUUACUCCCACUAUAUUUGUUAUAGAAAUAUCUAAAUAUAGAUUUUUAACAGACUAAUGUUCUUUGGUUUAUCGAUAUGAACAACGUCUAUUUUAAACUGUUUAGUUUUUAUUAUAUACGCUAUUUAAUUAUAUUUACAUUUCGUACAAGAUUUGUUAUAAUUUAUAAAUUUGUAAUGAAAUUUAUACAAUAAGAGCAAUUAAAUGCGAAUUAUAUACAUUACUUAUCAUGUUGUCCAUUAGGUUAACUCCAAAUAAGAAUUAUGUUCAAUCAAUCCGUCAGAAUAAAACGUAAGUUUUCUUUUAUAA